AUGGCGACAUACGUACAAGGAUGUGAGGCGUGCCAGCGUCACAUGCGCCCCAAGCAACCAGACAAGAUGCAGCUAGAGACGAUGGAUAUUCCAAAGGCGCCAUUGUCUCGGAUUCAGAUUGAUUUUGUUGGCCCCUUCCAACCAUCGGUACCAGAGAAGUGUCGGUAUAUCCUGGCAAUUCAGGACGUGCUGACCCGCUAUGCGAUGUUGAUUCCAACGGUGGGGUGCACGGCGGAGACGGCCGCCGUGGUCUUGUUGGAGCGCUGGGUAACAGUUUUCGAUAUCCCAGAAACUGUGCAGAGUGACCGUGGCUCGCAUUUCAAUGGAGCUGUCUUCCGCGAAAUGUGUACAGCAAUUGGCAUGCGGCAAGCACUCAGCAGUCCCAACCAUGCCCAGUCAAACGGUUAA